UUCUUUUUUCUUAAUUGCUAAGAUCACCCAUGCCGUCAUCUUCCUCGCUGUUUCCAAGAAUCUAUCACGUAUAUGUAUAUAUCUAUCUAUCUAUCUAUAUUCCUGUAGGGUCGGUUAACAGAAUUCCUAUAUAAUCUCAAUCUCAACCAUAAUUCUUACAUUAUCAAUCAACCAUGGAUUACAGAACUUUAGACCUCACAAUCGUCUCUGCAAAAGGACUCAAAAAAGCCAGUCUCAUCGGAAAAAUGGAUGUCUACGCCGUCGCUUCCAUCUUCGGCACCGCCGGCAACGUUCAAAAGUACAAAACCCCUGUUGAUAAGGACGGAGGUUCUGAUCCCACAUGGAAUAUCCCCAUGAAAUUUACUGUCGAUGAAGCCGCCGGAUUACAGAACCGUCUGACGCUCGUCAUCGAGAUCAAGGCGGUAGGGAUGUUCGGCGAUAAGGAUGUCGGAGAAGUCCAUGUGCCGAUCAAGGAACUUCUGGAAGGCGUGAAAGCUGAAGGGAGGGAGAUGAAGUUUGUCAGUUAUCAAGUGAGAAGGCCUUCGGGGAAGCCAAAGGGGGAUCUGAGUUUUUCUUAUAAAUUUGGGGAAAAUUUCUCCGGGAAGGCGGCGGAGGAGCCCGUGACGGCUUAUCCUGCCGGGAUGGCUGUUGGAACCAGCUCCAGCUAUCCACCGGCGUACGCGGCGGCAGGUGGGUAUUACCCUCCACCUGCUAAUGGAUAUCCUCCUCAGUCACAGACUGGAUACGCGUACCAGCACCAGCAGCAACCGGGUCAUGCUGCUUAUCCUCCGCCACCACCGCCGGGGUACGGUGGUUACCCGCCACAGCAGGGAUACGGGUAUCCACCCGUUCAGCAGCCACAACAGCCUCCAAAGAAGAGCAAAAUGGGUAUGGGGUUGGGAGCGGGGUUGUUAGGCGGAGCUCUUGGUGGUUUGUUGAUCGGCGAUAUGAUCUCGGAUGCCUCCGGUGGCUGUGGCGGCGGCUGCGGCGGUUUUUGAUAGUACUUGCCUGAUAUGGGGACUUUAUAGCUUGUAUGUAUUUUCUACAUUCGUUGUAAUUAUUAUUUUGAUUCAAAUUAAUACAUGAUACUGUUUUUCUUA